UAUUAUUUAUAAAGUGGUACUUUUUAAGAUUUACCAGACACAUUAUGUGUGUUAUCACAAAGUAUCGGAUCAGUAUCGUUGAUACCAGACACAUUUUACUAAGUAUCAGUACUGGAAAGAAAACUGUCAGUAUGGAACAUCAGUAUUUGUGARGUCCCAGAAGACCCCGGAGCUGAAGAGUUUUGUGUUUCAGAACCAGGCGGUGAUGUUUCGAUUCUCCCACAGAGACACCGAGGAGGCCAUGCCGGCGAGUCCAGAGAACAUCCCCCUGGGGGAGUGCACCAUAUCCCAGUCCAGGGACCAGCUGACUCCCCCCAGCCAGGCGGGCAGCACCGUGCUGACUCUGUCCCGCAGCGAGUCCAUCUGGACCACGGAGGCCCCGCAGGACAAGUGUGAGGUCUUCUGGUUCCCCAUCCACUUCAUGUCGACGGGGGGCAGCUUCCUGGCCUGCGGCAUCAUCAUCAGCGGCCUGUACUUCGCCGGCCACUGCAGGAAGGUCACCAACAUCCUGGGCCCGGCCCUGCUCUCCAUCGGCCUGAUGGUCUUCGUGGUCGGGGUGGUCCUCGUCCCCAUCACCAAGGAGAACAAAAAGAGCCUGAAGAAGCCCCUGGGCCACUACAGGCCUCCGGUCUUCAACCUGUGACCACGUGAGGACGCUUGUUUCCAGGAAGGCCUGGUGUGAGCGCUGAAUCAGCAUUCUCACCACAGCUUCCUGUUUCCUCUGACUUCAGCUGAUGUUCAGUUAUUUCAGCUGUUCUCUAAACGUUCAGCUUGUCCCCGAGUGUUUACAUCAGUUUCUGGUUUUUAUACUUUUUUAAACAAGUUACUUUAUUUACAUUUAUUUUCUCAUUGA